CUUCCUCCCUUGGUGAGUCUGCUCUGUUGUCUUCUGGUCGCAUGGCUGCGCAUCCUCCGGCCAGACUUGGAGAUGUGAAACCCGACGAUGCUGGGGCAGGUUGCCAAUCUGUCUUUUGACCUUAUUCUAACCGUCGGAGAAGCUAGGUCGACACCAUGUUUGCCCGGUCCUUUGCCUUCCGGGCAUUUUCUCAGCAGUGCCCUCGAGGCACACUCUCGUCCGCUCUCGAGUCUUCCAGCCCAGCAUGGAGGUACUUCUCUUCCAGUGCCUCGCGAACAAAGGCCGCCAGCAAAGCCAAACAGGCCAAACCCAGGGUGGCUGAGCCCGAAGAUACCUUGAAGUUCGCCGGACGACGCCCCGAGGGAUUCGGAAAGCUAGAGCGCAAGGUUGCAAAGGAGGGAGAGAUCGUAUUGUUUCGGGCGCCAUCGCAGCGCGGCUACGUAUUGGGUGCAUACGGUAUCGCCGCUUUCUGCUUUGCCUACUCCGUGUACAACUCCAACGCGGUCUUCCGCGACCCGGUGGUGCCUCUCCCCAUGUGGCAGCAGGGCUUGUUUGGUGGUAUUUGCGUGACAAUGAGCGUGAUGGGCACAGUAUUCCUCUUCAAAACUACCCGCUUGAUCAAGACUGUCAAGGCCCUCCCUAUCAAUGGCCACACUCAUCUUCGCUUCACGGUGCGAAGCAUGAUCCCUUUCCGCAAGCCCUACGAGUUCGAUGUCUUGCCACGCCAAAUAGCCUUCUCUCGCCGCUUGGUGGUCUCCCCGGAUUCGCUACCAGAGUCGCUUGUUGAUUCGGCACCGGUCUCUCCUGGUAACGCAGGACCCCGAGCUAUGACUUAUGCCGGGGAAGAGAAGGUGAGCUUCUUCAGACAUCCUUUGAAGAAGACGAGCAUGGGUCUCUGGAAACUUUUCCGGUCUAUCCGACAAAUCUUUAGCCAGGAAGACUUCAUCCUUAUGGAAGUUGAGGGCCAGAAGGGCGUUUUGCGCAUGGAUUCCGGCGGCUUCGUCUCGCGGGACUUUUUGCUGGUUGGCAACCCUGUGAGUUUUCGGCGCUGAUGUGAGCUUGAGGGCGGGCCAUCAGGUCUCGCUAUGAUAUCCUUCUUUUGAUGUCUAAUUACUCUACUUUUUGCCAUUUCCCUUACCAUUAGCCUGCGAUGCGGCAUGUUAGCACGGUGUCUGACUGCAGUGCAUCGCCUCAUGCUCAACCACCAUGUACAUUUGGAAUCAAAUACGAAAACCUAACAAUC